AUGGACUACCAACUAUCACAAAAGCUCAACAAUGUACUACAGUGCCUGGAGGUCAACAGGAUGACCAUUUCAGACUUCAUAAAACAACUGCUCCAAAGCACGGACAAGAUUCACCACUCAGCAAAGAAAAAUUUAGUGCAACAAGGCUCGGAGAUUUGCACUCACCUUUAUCAGUAUCCUGACACUCGCACAUCAAUAUCUUUGUGGGCAUAUGAAGUCGUGAGGGAAAUUGGGGGUGACAAUGGUGUAGAUGAAUCUACGUCAGAUACAAGCGACGAACAAAGGAACGACUCACGCGAGCAUCGGACCCAUGUACAAGUAGAGGCCAGAAAUACAACACUGCAGAUAAUCAAAACUGUCGUGUGCAUCAGUAUAAUUUUGCAGAGCUCAAACGAAAGAUGCAAUUACUUACAGGGUCUCCUCGGCAUAUUCUUCCACUCGACAGGUGUUCCGCAGAAAGUGAUUGAUGUCCUGGCACAUGCGGGAUUAUCUAUCAGUGUCACAUCAAUACACAAUGCAGUACACUCGAUGUCCAAAGAAAUUGCAGCUAACAUCAAGCAAGGUAUUCGAUCACUGAAAGUGUCCUUUGCAUAUGACAACUUUGACAUUGACUUCAAAACUUCGGAACCUACCAUUGGGCAUCGUUCGACCUUUGUUAGUGCAACAUCCGCUACCUCAUUGCCACUUGUAGGCAUUGACAAUCCCGAGGCACUACGCUGCUCAGCAGCAUUAUGGGCUGCCGAUUCUCGUAACCCUACACCGUCAACAACAGCUGUCGAAAUCGAUGAAUUCGACAUGCUACAACAUCACAUCAAUGACACUUACAGUAGGCCCAAACAAGGCGAGCGUCUCAGCCCACGACUUGCUGCCUUUGCAUGGCAUGUACGAGACAUUCUUGUCCAGCAUGGCCGGUAUUUUGGAUCAUUUGUGGACAAACUUGGAGAGCCAGAAUCAGUCCUACGGAUACCUGUCACAAAGACGGAUCAAAUACCUUUUCGUUCCAUGAGGAUCAAGCAAUCGACUGCUGAUGGGAAUAUGGAGGUGAUGGAGAAUUUGCUGCGACAAGGAGGAAUCGGAGAUCCUAGUGAUAAAGAGUUCGAAUCUGCAGGAGACGUUGACAUGUCAGAACAUGUCUUGCUUAUUCACGGCGACUUACUCACCAAAGAACGGCUCGACACAGUUCGUGAUACACGGAGAAUCGAGAGCACGCCAAAAAACCGAUUCCAGUACAUCAUCUUCCUGCCAGGGUUGUUUCACUACAAAAUGGCAUGCGCGGAUGCAAUA